ACUGCGGUGUGAAUGCGAUUGGCACUAGCCCCCUGCGGAUUCAGUGCCGUGGUACUUUAGUGCCGGCACUAAAGUACGGCAAGUCCUGCGGUGUGAAAGUGGCUUUGAUAUAAUAACUAUUAUUGUUUGGCGUUGGAAUAUGCCUUUGUUUUGUACAUCUGUCUAUUUUCAUUUCGUUGGCGGGGUUUGAGCAGUGCAUUUGGAAGUGUGGCGGAACGUUUGUGUUCCGGGGACUGGUUACAUGGACGGACUUCCGGUGUUUCCUCAGAAGCAAUCUGGAAGGAAACCAAAUAACUCGUGUCCUCAUUGCUCCUGUCUCACCUGCUCAUUUACAGGACAGCUGAUGAGCAGCAUGGAGGAGAAGAAAGAGACCCCUGGAGCUCAGAAACCGAAAGGAAGAGAGAGAUGUCACAGCUGUCAGCAAUGUGACAAAUCCUUUACAACAUCUGGAACUUUAAAGAGCCACCUGCUUAUUCAUACAGGAGAAAAACCGUACAGCUGUGAAGAGUGUGGGACAACUUUCACUCAAUCAGGUGCUCUCAAAAGACAUCAACGUAUUCACAGAGGAGAAAAACCGUACAGCUGUGAAGAGUGUGGGACAACUGUCACUACAUCAGGUCAUCUCAAAUCACAUCAACGUAUUCAUACUGGAGAAAAACCGUACAGCUGUGAAGAGUGUGGGACAACUUUCACUCAAUCAGGUACUCUCAAAAGACAUCAACGUAUUCACAGGGAGAAAAACUGUACAGCUGUGAAGAGUGUGGGACAACUUUCACUACAUCAGGUACUCUCAAAAGACAUCAACAUAUUCACACGGGAGAAAAAACCGUACAGCUGUGAAGAGUGUGGGACAACUUUCAAUACAUCAAGUAAUCUCAAAUCACAUCACCGUAUUCAUACUGGAGAAAAACCGUAUUGGUGUGAAGAGUGUGGGAAAACGUUCACUAGAUCAAGUCAUCUCAAAUCACAUCUUCGUGUUCACACAGGAGAAAAACCAUAGUGGUUUUAAGAGUGUAGGAGCCGCAAUUAAGCAUAUUUUGUUUUUUCACAGUUUACAAUAAACAAUUCCCAUCUAUAGUGGCCUUGGGCGAAGUCACGCCCAUCUACUUCCGCUCCAUGGGACCUUAUUUCGUAAAAAUAAUGUAUUGAAGUCAAUGGAGAGAGAAAACGUAUCUUUCGAUCCCGAUGGAAUAGUGCCAUGAAUUACACAUAUGAUGUUUGUCAAUCUUAAAAAAUAAUUUCCAUGUCAAAAAAGUCACAGUUUGUCGUAAAACUGUUGAAAUAUAAGACUAUGAAAAAUACGCAAC